AACAACAGAAGACGAGGAAGAAGUCGGGCUGAGCGACAGUGGCUUUCCGAAGUUUCAAAUUACGACAAAACAAUUAGCGUAUAUAGAUUCACAGUAACUAUAGCAACGAGUAACUCAACAAUUUAUUUUCUAAAGCCCACGAAACGGAAGUUGAAGUGAACACUGAAGACGUGAUAGAAGAUGAACCACUGCUAUGCUAAGAUGGCGACGUCCAGUCAAAGAGAAGGCGGAAGAGAAUCAGCGCCACCAACUCCCAGCAAAUCAUCAACGGAGAAAAAGCCCCAAACUGAAGAUAACGACAUCCAGAAACUAAUUGCUCAUCAAGAACAACUUCCCACUCUGGUGCAGGAGGGGAGCUCCACUUUGAAGCGGGAGGAUCCACAGCCCCCUCAUGUUAAAGAGGAAGACGAGGAACUGCGGACCACUCAGGACGGAGAGCAUCAUUUAGGGACAGAAAAGGCUGAUCUCACCAAGUUGCCACUGACUGGUGUCUCUGUGAAGACUGAAGAUGAUGAAGACACACCAACUGAGUCCUUUUGUUGGUUUUGUCCUGCAGAUGUCCAGCAGCUGAUUGGUCGUCAAGAAGAGCAGGCCCCUCAGUUGCAGGGGAGCGCCACUUUGAAGCAGGAGGGUCCACAGCACCCCCAUGUUAAAGAGGAAGAGGUGGACCACUGGACCACUCAGGAGGGAGAACGUCUUCUCGGGCAGGAAGAGGCUGAUCUCACCAAGUUGCCACUGACUGUGAAGAUUGAAGACAAACCACCUGAGUCCUCACAGCUUCAUCACAGUCUAAGUGAGGAGAACAGAGGGGCGGAGCCUCCAAGCAGCAGCUCACCACAACACAUGACAACAGAAGCUGAUGGAGACCACUGUGGAGGAUCACAAGCAGACAACCUCUUCGCUCCACUAUCAGAUAGUGAUGACACAACGUCACACUCUUCUGAGGAUGAAGACAGGGAUGACACCCAAGAACCUUUGAACAGCGAUACAGACUGGGAAGGUGAUAUGAGGACUCAUGCUGACAACAAACAUUUCAAAUGCUGUGAAAAGAAGACAGACAUCCAGCAGCUGAUUGAUCGUCAAGAAGAAUGUCCCCCACAGCCUCAGGGGGGGAGCUCCACUUGGGACCGGGAGGAGCCACAGCCCCCUCACUUUAAAGAGGAGGAAGAGGAGCCAGAGCCCAACCACAUUAAAGAGGAAGAGGAGGAGCCACAUCCACCCUAUGUUAAAGAGGAAGAGGAAGAGGAAGAACUCUCGAUCACUCAGGAGGAAGAGCGUCUUCCUGGGCCAGAGGAGGCUGAUCUCGCCAGGUUGCCACUGACUGUUGUCUCUGUGAAGACCGAAGACCAUGAAGACAAACCACCUGAGUCCUUACUGUUUCAUCACAGUCCAAGUGAGGAGAACAGAGACACGGCUUCAAGAUCACCACAACACAUGACAACAGAAGCUGAUGGAGACCACUGUGGAGGAUCACAAGCAGACAACCUCUUAGCUCCACUAUCAGAUAGUGACGACACAAUGUCACACUCUCCUGAAGAAGAAGACAACUACAACAACCAAGAGUCUUUGAGCAUCGAUACAGACUGUGAAGUUGAUAUGACGACUCACACUGACAACAAACACUCUGAAUGCUCUAAAAAGAAGACAGACAAGACAAGGACGUGCCCGUCAAGCGAGAAUACUUCCAGACCUGGAGAGCGACAGCACAGCAGCAGAGUGAGUACAAAUUCACACUCAGCAAAAGUCCACAGGAUGAAGAGUGAGCAGCAGCAACACUCACUCCAUUCGAACGCCGUUGUUGUCUAGGUGAUGAACCAAUGCACAGAGUGAAUUCUCUUCCUGCCUGUUGGAAGAGAGACAAUGAAAGCAGACAUGCGUUCACAUGUUCAUGUGACUCAUUUAUUUCUUAUCUUGACACUGCUUUUGUCUAAACGUCAUUUAAUGUCGCAAGAUCUCGGGACACCCUUACUUGUAGCUUUUUAUUUAGACAAAUGCAAACACAACAAAUAUGCCAUCAAUUUGAAGUAAAUUUCCAAGAUGUAAUAGUGACAGAAGUGUCACGAUGCGGCGUAAGCCGGUGUUCGGAUCCCAAGAUGCAGAGACAACACACUCGGAUGUGAACAAAAGAGUUUAAUACAGAAUAAACUCCACAGGCAUAAAAAGAUAUACAAAAAUCAGUCAGACAACAAAAAGACAGCAGGCAGAGCGGUGGGCAGGCGAGGAGCAAAGAACAACCGGGCAACAAAUGUUCUUCCCUGCCAUGCUGAAGAGGACCAGGUGAGUGUGUACGGGUAGCUCCGCCCAUGAUGGUUUACCAGCGUACUGCAAGAGAUGGCAGACAGAGCUGCAUCAGACCAGCGGGCGGCCGAUGGGAGGAUUUAUUCCUGGCACAGACAGAGCAGGCAGCCACCAACUCCCUGAUGUCCGAUGUCAUAGAAGGCCACCAAAUCUCUGAGCCACCAUGAACUGUGUGCCUGACUCCUGAUUGGCUGGCCAGCUUGGACAAGUGUCCCCAUUGUAGCACUUCUGACCUCAAUUCAGGUGGCAUGAACAGUCCGCCCCCCCCUUGAACCUGGUCUGGCCUCAUAAUCAACCUCACACGUUUUGAGUUAUAAUUUUGUAAGAUUUUAAGAUCCCCGAUACCGCUCUUUCCAUUGACUCUUUAUCAUACCGAUACAGUUUGGCUCUGUGACUCGGACCGCUGCUUUGGACACUCUUCUCUCCACCUCCCGCUGGAGACCCCCCAACACUCAAGCUACAGGCACAAUAGUCUCCGGGGUCUUGUCCACCAAAGAUUCUAGAGAAGGCAUUGGGCUUGACAUUGCAUGAACCAGGGCUGUAAGUAAUGGAGAAGUUGAAUCGCGUCAAGAACAGGGACCAACGUGCCUGGCGGGAAUUGAGUCGCUGCCACCACAGAUGGCAUGGCCGAGCCCUCCGACCAAUGCCUCCACUACUACAGUGCAAGAACAAUGGCCAGCAACUCCCUAUUGCCCACGUCAUAGUUAUCCUCCACAGUGGUGAGGCAACGCGAGCAUAAUGUACACGGGUGGAGCCUCUGGUUGACCGGGGACUGCUCGGACAGGACUGCUCCCACUACUGUAUCUGACGCAUCGACCUCUAUAAAAAAUUGCAAGGAAGGGUCAGGAUGGAAGAGUACGGGUGCAGUAGUAACAAAACCUUGAGUCUAGCAAAGGCCGCCUCAGCUUCUGGAGACCACACAAACGGGCUCUUAGUGGAUGUUAGCCUUGUGAGAGGUUUCGCCUUGCUACUAAAAUUGCAAAAAAACCUUCUGUAGAGGUUUGGAAACCCCUGGGAAACUCUGCUUUCUUCAUGUGGGAGGAAGCCAAUCCUUCAUACUGUGUCACACACCGUGGGGUGUGAGCCAAAAAUCAUGGUACAGCUUGUUGCCCCUUUGUUCAAAUAGACAGAUACACUGAUGCCAUAUUACAAAUGAUUUUAUAACAGUGUUUGGAUCAGAUAGUUGAUCAGGUCUCCUUUUUCUAUUACAAAUCCGGGGCCCAGCUGGUGGAAUCUCAGGCUGCCCAAAGAGAAGUGCACACCAUCAAAACAAGUCUCUCAUGCUAUUUUCUAAAGUGUUUAAAUGUUUCCAAUAUGAAAUUAAAUCUAAAUUAAAGUCCAUCAAGAAGAAUUUAAGUUGAAUCUGUUUCCCCAGAGAGAGCGGUAAUCACACUGGAAUCACAUUGCUACAACACAUAUCCAUCCCUGUCCAUAUACCGUAUAGCCAUGCAUUACAGAACUGAUUUGUUGUACAAUAGAACCCUAUACUGUACUAACACCUGUACUGACUGAUCAUUAUACUAAAAAUAAUUCAUAAAGGCACCUUAAAAAUAGAUAUCUCAUUAAUGUAGCUCCUUAUUACAUGCCAUUGUUACCCAAUUGCUCUAUCUAGUGGAGUACAAAAAAAGCAUGUUUUUAAAAGGUACAGCAGGAGGUCAUGGUACAUACUGUAUAUUUACAAAGAAAUAUAAUAAAAAUGGAUGGAUGGAUCACACAAUAGUCCCAAAAAGGACAACACAUAGUCAUUGUUUCCAAAAUCUUAUGUUUGCUUCACAGGGCAGUUCCUAGCUCAGUAUUGAAGCAGAUGUAAGUGUCGCAAGGUUAGAGGAGACUAUUUGACUUAGACUUUAGGUACAUGUACAACACUAUUCUAUAACAUUGUCACAACACAAACACAAUUUCAUGAUCAAUGACAGGGCUGGGGCCAGGAUUUCUGGGCCUCAUUAAAAAAAAAUUUAAAAAAAGGGGGCGGGGGGAACAAAUUCCCCCCCAUGUUGUGCCACAAUUAUUAAAUGACACUUCUGUAAUCUAAAAGAAGGAAGGUAAAGAAAAGUCUACAAUCCAUGUUACCCUCAACCAAAUAGUGCAGUUGCUCUUAUUAACAGCACAUGAACUUAAAGAAGAUUAGCAUGUAAUACAAAAAACACCAUGUUGUCUACAACCAAUCACGGUUGUUUUGCUGCUGUUAGUAGCAGGAUAUUAACUCAUAAGAGAAUCUGGUAUCAUACACAAAGCAGAUCAUAUUUUUCACCUGUAACCAGAUUUUCACACACACUAGUCAUAAAGACAUUUAUUCUCCAUUGUGUGUCCGCAUGUGAACUGUCAAACCUUUCCUACAAGAAAAGCUUUCCUCACAAACUGAGCAUCUAAAAGUUUGCUCACUUUUGUGUGUCUGUACAUGUGUAAUCAAAUGCCUUUUAAGAGUAAAUACUUCAGCACAAAGUGAACAACUGAAGAGUUUCUCUCCCGUAUGUUUCCUCAUGUGAUACGUCAAACUGCUCCUCUUGUGAAAGCUUUCACUACAAACUGAGCAACAAAAUGUUUUUUCUGCUGUGUGCCUUCUCACAUGUUUUACUACAGUUGACUUACAAGCAAAUCGUUUACCACAAACAGAACAGCUGAAAGGUUUUUCUCCUGUAUGUCUUCUCAUAUGUAAUACCAUGUGUGAACUUUGAGAGAAUUUUCGAUCACAAACUGAACAACCAAAUGGUUUUUCUCCUGCGUGUUUCAGCAUGUGAUACGUCAAACUGCUCCUGAUGGAAAAGCUUUGACUGCAAACUGAGCAAGUGAAAGGCUUUUCUCCCGUAUGGGAUCUCAUGUGUGCUACCAUCCGUCCACUUAUGGAGAAUCCUUUACCACAAACUGAGCAACUGAAAGGUUUUUCUCCUGUGUGUUUCAACAUGUGACACUUCAAACUGUACCUUCUUGAAAAGCGUUCGCUACACACUGAGCAAACAAAUGGUUUUUCUCCUGUGUGCGUUCUCAUGUGUGAUGCCAUAUUUACAUGCUGAGAGAAUCUUUUGUCACAAACUGAGCAACUGAAAGGUUUUUCUCCUGUGUGUGUUCGCAGGUGUGUUACCAUGUCUGCAUUUCGAGAGCAUGUUUUACCGCAAAUUGAGCAACUAAAAGGUUUUUCUCCUGUGUGUUUCAACAUGUGAUACUUCAAACUGUAACUGUUUGAAAAGCGUUGGCUACAAACUGAGCAAACAAAUGGUUUUUCUCCUGUAUGCGUUCUCAUGUGUGAUACCACAGCUGGCUUUCCAGAAAGAUUUUUACCACACACGGAACAACUAAAAGUUUUUUUUUGCAUUCUCAGAUCACCUUCACAGUCUGUAUUGCUGCUCAAAGGUUCUUGGGUGUCGUCAUCCUCAGGACAGUGUGACGUUGUGUGGUGACUAUCUGAUAGUGGGGCUAAAAGGUUGUCUGCUUGUCUCUGCACUUGAUCUUUAAUCUUCACAGACACACCAGUUAGUGGCACUCCCUCCUGCGUGAUCCAGAGUUCCUCCUCAUCCUCUUUUACAUGGGGGAGUUGGGGAUCCUCUUGCUUGAAAGUGGAGGUCCCCCCCUGCGACUGAGGAAGACAUUCUUCUUGAUGACCAAUCAGCUUCUGGACGUCUGAAGGACACCGCCAACGUAAGGACUCAGGUGGUUUGUCUUCAUGGUCUUCAGUCUUCACAGAGAGACCUGUCAGUGGCAACUUGGUGUGCUCAUUUGCGACGGCCCUUGAAGAUCCUCGCCCUAGAAGAUCCUCGCCCUCCUGUGUGAUUUGCAGUUUCUCCUCUUCCUCUUUAACAUGGGGGGGCUGCAGAUCCUCCUGUUUCCAAUUGGAGCUCACCCCCUGAGGCUGAGUGGGAUGUUCUUCUUGACAACCAGUCAGCUGAUGGAUGCCUGCAGGACACAAAAAACACAAAAACAACUUGAGAUGUUUCUCCUGGAACUCUUUACUGCCUUCUAUGUACUUUAUGUGUGUUUAGUGUUUCAUGGACAUUAUUUGAGUGUCUGACAGAAUCACAGACCGCUGUUUACAUGGCUUAGUUUAGACUGAGCCAAGUGGAAUUAGAAUAACAAAAAAUAUUAAAUAUUUGUUUCAGUGGACAUUCAGAUACUACAAACCCAAACAUACAUUUUCAGUAAAGAUGUGCCUUAA